AUGUCUUGUACUGUUGUCAUGUCUUGUACUGUUGUCAUGUCUUGUACUGUUGUCAUGUUUUGUAGUAUUGUCAUGUCUUGUAGUAUUGUCAUGUCUUGUAGUAUUGUCAUGUCUUGUAGUAUUGUCAUGUCUUGUAGUAUUGUCAUGUCUUGUAGUAUUGUCAUGUCUUGUAGUAUUGUCAUGUCUUGUAGUAUUGUCAUGUCUUGUAGUAUUGUCAUGUUUUGUAGUAUUGUCAUGUCUUGUAGUAUUGUCAUGUCUUGUAGUAUUGUCAUGUUUUGUAGUAUUGACAUGUUUUGUACUGUCAUCAUGUCUUGUACUAUUGUCAUGUCUUGUACUAUUGUCAUGUCUUGUACUAUUGUCAUGUCCUGUACUGUUGUCAUCUUUUGUACUGUGAUCUCGAACUGUCAUAUCUUUUACUGA